UCUGGUACCCGUUUAUGCACUUUUAAUUUACGUGUGUAAUAGUAUUGUCGUAACAGGUAUCAAACUGCAUGCACAACUGGCUGUCAAACUGCAAAAUUAAUCUCUCAUUUCGUCGUUCAAACAUUCGAAAUGCCUCCAAAGAAAGGUAAAGGUAAGGGUAAAAAGGGCAAAAAAGGGAAAAAGGAUGACGGAGAGGAAAACUAUGAAGCUCCAGAACCGACUGAGAAGGAGAACUUGUUGAAAGCAGAGUUGGAUACUCUCACUGAGGAACUUGCAAGCAUCAAGAAGAAGGUGGAGGAACUUCGCAAGGAGAAUGAAUGGUUACAGCAAGAGGCUCAUCAAACUAGGGUGGAAAGUCAUGAGUACAUGUCUUACAUGUCUAAGAAGGCACACAAACGCCAGACAACCAUCGUCACAUUGAGCGAUCAGAAUCAGCAAGAGAUUCGUAUGAUCAACGAGCAAAAAGAACAAAUGCUGCAGGAGUACGAGGAUAAGAAAAAAGUUCUAAGAGAUACUUUAAUGGAGAAGGAAGCAGAGUUAGCAAAGACGAGGAAAGAGCUGGAUGAGCUAGAGGAAUAUAAACGCCUUCAAGAAGGUCAGGUGAAGAGGAUACGAGACCUGGAGAAGGAAGUCCUUAGGAUGCGAGGGAAACAUACAGAGACCAUCCAGAAACUCAAGUCUCAAUUCCUGAAGGAGAAGAGAGAGUAUCAGGGAGAAUCUGAAUCCAAGAUUCAGGAGGUUGGGAGGCAGGCAAAUAAGGAGGCCAUGCACUGUCUUCAAGAGCACACUACUCGUAUCAAAGACGAGAACCGAGAUCUCAGACAAGAGCUUCUCAAACUCAUCCAGAAAUCACGUGCACUGAACGAGCACAAGGUGCAGCUGUCUGGACAACGCAAAGAGCUCCUGAGGGAACAACAGUAUGCUGCCGACCUGAAGAAACUGCACGGCACCAGGCAACACAAGGUCCUCAAAGCAUUCGGGAUGUUGGAGAGUGCAGAGUGAGUCAUUGAGGAAAUAUGGAGGAAGGGUUUGUCUGGUUGAUAGGGGGCAACAGUUGUGCUUUAUCUGUUGACCCUCUUGCACCAGCAUCACACUCUGAUACCAUCGGCACGCUCGCCAUUUUGGGAGUCAUUUUGCACUUGCUGUAAACAAGAUGGUGUGUAGUAAAUUCUGCCUAGCCUAAAAAUGCACACUGCAGUAAACUGCCCUUAUACAGGGAUGAGAUAAUUCAGAAUUUUUAUCUGAAUUCACACUUUCUUGGUAAUCAGGAUGCGGUAUUUUUCUCCAAAUUAAAUGAGUCAUGCUCUUGGAUCUACUUCUCUAGCACUGAAGACACUGUUCCAAGAAGCUUUUGGAAUCUUUAACUACAGGGGUGAUCAGAAGGUGGAAUUUCCAUCAUUUUGAUGUACCUCCGAAGAUCUGGAUCCCAGUCUCAGACUUUUUGGUCAGCACCGACUCUCAGAUCUGUGUAACACACAGGGACGAUGACUCCCAAAAUGGCACAACCAAGCUUAUUGUGGCGAGUUGGGCCAAUAUACUGUUUCAGUGAGUCUUGAUUUACAUUUCUGCUACAGAAUUUGAGAGUUCAACAGCAUAUUGAGAAAACUUUUCACCAUGUGUUGAACAGUGCUUCCUUGCAGCUUUGUUGGGUUGCAUCAACGGGAGAACAGUGGGUGGUCCAUGGGUGCUUUCUUGUACCCAGUGACUGUGGCAGACCCUUUUUUUUUUUAAUUACAUGAAUACGUUCCGUCCAGCGUUUAGUUUUUCAAGUGUUUAUAAAUUAACUUUUAAAAGUCAACCUGAGGUACUUUAUUCAUUUUCUCCACCCAAUUAUAGUACUAUUAUGUGUAAAUAGAUUAUGCUGUUUAUAGUAACAGAGGUUCUGGGCGAUUUUAUGUCUGUCUAAGAUGUUCAGUUGACCCAGGGCUUGUUACUUAAAUUGCUUGCAGAACCAGAAUUGUUUUACAAGACUAAAAUCAAAAUGACAAAUGACACAGCUUAACAUACAUUUAAUGGUUUUUAUUUGAACAAGUAUUAAGAAAUGUAAAGAGCUGAUUCAUCUCAUUUGUCUUUAUGAGUAUCAAUACUUCAUAACUGAAUAGAAAUGAAAUGUAGUCUGUCAGACUCAAAAUUACCGUUUCUUAUUCAACUGUAACACCACAAGCCCACCGAGCAUGUCCAGUCAUUAGUUUACUGGCCCGACACUAAAGCUACUGGCCACAGACCUGUAAUCCAGUGUCAAAUUUGAUGUCCAAGGCGUGCUCUAGAAUGUAGAAGGGUUCAAUUGUACACUGGCUGUGGUUAUUUCCUCCGAACCUCAAUAACACUAAAGAGUACAGUGCUUCAAAUCAUCAGUUGUUCAAGAAUAUACCUCUUGCAUAGCCCACCAAUGCUGAUGUCAAACGGAAAUUUGCACACUACACUCACAACCUUUGACCUCAGUGAGGGCACUUGAGCAGGGGGGGGGGGGGUCUAGUACAUCAUUUACCCUUUUUUCUU